AUGUUUCAACAGUUUUAUCUCUGGAAAUGUUUAGCUUCAGGGAUCAUCAUUGGCUCUCUUUUCACAAUCUGCUUCGGCCAGUACGACGAUGACUGGCAAUAUGAGGAUUGCAAACUAGCUAGGGGAGGACCACCAGCUACCAUAGUUGCUAUUGAUGAAGAGAGUCGGAAUGGUACAAUUCUGGUGGACAACAUGUUGAUCAAAGGGACUGCUGGAGGACCAGACCCCACCAUAGAACUCUCUUUAAAGGACAAUGUGGAUUACUGGGUGUUGCUGGAUCCUGUUAAACAAAUGCUUUUCCUGAACAGCACGGGCAGAGUUCUGGAUAGAGAUCCACCAAUGAACAUACACUCCAUUGUGGUGCAAGUCCAGUGCAUCAACAAAAAAGUGGGCACUGUUAUCUACCAUGAAGUGCGAAUCGUGGUGAGAGACAGGAAUGACAACUCACCCACGUUCACGCAUGAAAGCUACUAUGCCACAGUAAAUGAGCUCACUCCUGUUGGCACCACAAUAUUUACAGGAUUUUCAGGAGACAAUGGAGCUACAGACAUAGAUGAUGGCCCUAAUGGACAGAUAGAAUAUGUUAUUCAGUAUAAUCCAGAUGAUCCGACAUCCAAUGACACCUUUGAAAUUCCCCUAAUGUUGACUGGAAAUGUAGUGUUAAGAAAGAGGCUCAACUAUGAAGAUAAAACUCGCUACUUUGUCAUCAUCCAAGCUAAUGACCGUGCACAAAACCUGAACGAAAGGCGAACCACUACCACCACUCUCACAGUGGAUAUUCUGGAUGGAGAUGACUUGGGUCCGAUGUUUCUACCUUGUGUCCUUGUGCCAAACACUCGUGAUUGUCGUCCACUCACUUACCAAGCUGCCAUACCUGAGUUGAGAACUCCGGAAGAACUGAACCCCAUUAUUGUUACCCCACCGAUCCAAGCCAUUGAUCAAGACCGGAAUAUUCAACCACCAUCAGAAAGGCCAGGCAUCCUCUAUUCCAUCCUUGUUGGGACUCCUGAGGAUUACCCACGAUUUUUCCAUAUGCAUCCUAGGACUGCAGAACUUAGUCUCCUGGAACCAGUAAACAGAGACUUUCACCAGAAAUUUGAUUUGGUUAUUAAGGCUGAACAGGACAAUGGCCAUCCUCUUCCUGCCUUUGCCAGUCUACACAUUGAAAUACUGGAUGAAAACAAUCAAAGCCCGUACUUCACAAUGUCCAGUUAUCAAGGCUAUAUUCUGGAAUCUGCCCCUGUGGGUGCAACCAUUUCUGACAGUUUAAAUUUGACCAGUCCUCUAAGAAUAGUAGCUCUGGACAAAGACAUAGAAGAUACAAAAGACCCAGAGCUUCACCUUUUUCUGAAUGAUUACACUUCCGUCUUCACGGUUACCCAGACUGGUAUCACUCGCUACCUCACCUUACUUCAACCAGUAGACAGAGAAGAACAACAAACUUACACUUUUUCGAUAACAGCAUUUGAUGGUGUACAAGAAAGUGAGCCAGUUAUCGUCAGUAUCCGAGUGAUGGAUGCAAAUGAUAACACUCCAGCAUUCCCUGAAAUAUCCUAUGAUGUCUAUGUUUAUACAGAUAUGCACCCUGGAGACAGCGUCAUACAGCUCACUGCAGUCGACGCAGACGAAGGGUCAAAUGGGGAGAUCACAUAUGAAAUCCUGGUUGGGGCUCAGGGAGACUUCAUCAUCAAUAAAACAACAGGGCUUAUCACCAUCGCUCCAGGGGUGGAAUUGAUAGUCGGGCGGACUUACGCGCUCACAGUCCAAGCAGCGGAUAAUGCUCCUCCUGCAGAGAGAAGGCACUCCAUCUGUACUGUGUACAUUGAAGUACUUCCACCAAAUAAUCAAAGCCCUCCUCGCUUCCCACAGCUGAUGUAUAGUCUUGAAAUCAGUGAAGCCAUGAGGAUUGGUGCUGUUUUAUUAAAUCUACAGGCAACUGAUCGAGAGGGAGAUCCAAUAACGUACGCCAUUGAGAAUGGAGAUCCUCAAAGGGUUUUUAAUCUUUCAGAAACUACUGGGAUUCUAACCUUAGGGAAAGCCCUGGACAGGGAAAGCACCGACCGCUACAUUCUGAUCAUCACAGCUUCAGAUGGCAGACCAGAUGGGACUUCAACUGCCACAGUAAAUGUGGUGGUGACAGAUGUCAAUGACAAUGCUCCAGUGUUUGAUCCCUAUCUACCUAGAAAUUUAUCUGUGGUAGAGGAAGAAGCCAAUGCCUUUGUGGGUCAAGUAAGGGCAACAGACCCUGAUGCUGGAAUAAAUGGCCAAGUGCACUACAGUUUGGGUAACUUCAAUAAUCUUUUUCGCAUCACAUCCAAUGGGAGCAUUUACACAGCAGUGAAGCUUAACAGAGAAGUCAGGGACUACUAUGAACUUGUUGUUGUGGCAACAGAUGGAGCGGUACACCCUCGUCAUUCAACUCUAACACUGGCCAUUAAGGUUUUGGAUAUUGAUGAUAACAGUCCCGUGUUCACCAAUUCAACAUACACUGUUGUUGUGGAAGAGAAUCUGCCAGCUGGGACUACCUUCCUUCAAAUAGAGGCCAAAGAUGUUGACCUUGGAGCAAAUGUGUCUUACCGGAUAAGAAGCCCGGAAGUGAAGCACUUUUUUGCACUACAUCCAUUUACAGGAGAACUAUCCCUUUUAAGGAGUUUAGAUUAUGAGGCAUUUCCAGACCAAGAAGCAAGUAUCACUUUUCUGGUGGAAGCCUUUGAUAUUUAUGGAACGAUGCCACCUGGUAUUGCUACUGUCAUGGUGAUAGUAAAGGAUAUGAAUGAUUAUCCUCCUGUUUUCAGUAAACGGAUCUACAAAGGGAUGGUGGCUCCAGAUGCGGUCAAGGGUACACCGAUCACAACAGUUUAUGCUGAAGAUGCAGACACUCCUGGAUUACCUGGAAGUCGUGUGAGGUAUAGAGUGGAUGAUGUCGUGUUUCCUUACCCUGCCAGUAUUUUUGAUGUUGAAGAAGAUUCUGGAAGAGUAGUAACUCGAGUCAAUCUUAAUGAAGAACCUACAACAAUUUUUAAGUUGGUGGUAGUUGCCUUUGAUGAUGGUGAGCCUGUGAUGUCCAGCAGUGCCACAGUGAAAAUUCUUGUUUUACAUCCUGGAGAAAUCCCACGUUUCACACAGGAGGAAUAUAGACCUCCUCCAGUAAGUGAACUUGCCACCAGAGGGACCAUGGUUGGUGUAAUUUCUGCUGCGGCCAUUAAUCAGAGCAUUGUGUACUCCAUUGUUUCAGGAAACGAAGAAGAUAAGUUUGGAAUUAAUAAUGUCACUGGCGUUAUCUAUGUGAAUGCCCCUCUGGAUUAUGAGACCAGGAUGAGCUAUGUACUUCGAGUCCAAGCUGAUUCCCUGGAAGUGGUCCUUGCCAAUCUCCGAGUUCCUUCAAAAAGCAAUACAGCUAAAGUGUACAUUGAAAUUCAGGAUGAAAAUGAUCAUCCCCCAGUGUUUCAGAAAAAAUUUUACAUUGGAGGUGUAUCUGAAGACGCAAGAAUGUUUGCUUCUGUGCUCAGAGUUAAGGCUACUGAUAAAGAUACUGGCAAUUACAGUGCCAUGGCAUACAGACUCAUAAUACCACCAAUUAAAGAAGGAAAAGAAGGAUUUGUGGUGGAAACAUAUACAGGGCUUAUCAAAACUGCUAUGCUCUUCCAUAAUAUGAGGAGAUCCUACUUCAAGUUUCAAGUUAUCGCAACUGACAACUAUGGAAAGGGACUGAGCGGCAAAGCAGAUGUACUUGUCUCUGUGGUCAAUCAGCUGGACAUGCAAGUCAUUGUUUCCAACGUGCCCCCUACUCUAGUGGAAAAAAAGAUAGAAGAUCUUACAGAGAUUUUGGACCGCUAUGUUCAGGAGCAAAUUCCUGGUGCCAAGGUUGUGGUGGAGUCCAUCGGUGCUCGCCGGCAUGGAGAUGCCUUUUCCCUAGAAGAUUACACCAAAUGUGACUUGACUGUCUAUGCAAUUGACCCCCAAACCAACAGAGCCAUUGACAGAAAUGAGCUAUUUAAAUUUUUGGAUGGCAAACUGCUCGAUAUCAAUAAAGACUUUCAGCCACAUUAUGGGGAAGGAGGACGUAUUCUGGAGAUCCGGACUCCAGAGGCAGUGACCAGCAUUAAAAAGAGAGGAGAAAGUCUAGGAUACACAGAAGGGGCCUUGCUGGCUCUGGCUUUCAUCAUCAUCCUCUGCUGCAUUCCUGCCAUCUUGGUAGUUUUGGUCAGCUACAGACAGUUUAAAGUACGCCAAGCUGAGUGCACCAAGACUGCACGAAUUCAAUCCGCAUUACCCGCGGCUAAACCAGCAGCGCCCGCCCCUGCACCUGUGGCAGCGCCCCCGCCCCCGCCGCCGCCUCCGGGCGCGCAUCUCUAUGAAGAACUUGGAGACAGCACAAUGCAUAAUCUUUUCCUUCUCUACCAUUUUCAACAAAGCAGGGGAAAUAACUCAGUCUCAGAAGACAGGAAACAUCAGGAAGUUGUGAUGCCCUUUUCUUCCAAUACUAUUGAGGCUCACAAGCCACCUCCUAUAGAUGAAUCACUUAAGAACCAACCAAAGUCUACAAGAAAAUUUACAUUUCCAUCUGAUGAGGAUGCCUUGUGUACCCAUAAUCUCCUUUAUAAGGAAAAUAUAGAUGAAAGAUCAACAAAUUCAGGCUUUUCACUGAGAACAGAUUUUGUAGACCCAUUUUUACCCAAAACACAAGCCAAGAGUGAGUCUCUGAGGGGCCCAAGGGAAAAGAUUCAGAGGCUAUGGAGUCAGCCAGUCAGCUUACCUAAGAGACUGAUGAGGAACGUUCCAAAUAGGCAAGAAGUCAUAGAUCUGCCGCAAUGGCAAAGCACCAGGCAGAAAGCUGAAAAUGAAAGCCCUGGAACCUAUCCAAACAAAAGAAGUAGCGGCAAUCCAUUACUUACAACUGAAGACUCAAAUUUGACAGAGAAAGAGGAAAAAAGACAAGGUGAAACAUUGAUUGUAACGGGAACAAAAGAGUUGAAAUCUCUCUCUUCAGACUCUUCAUUUUGCUCUCCCAGACCUCGCUUCUCAUUCUCCACUUUGCCAACUGUUUCAAGAACUGUGGAACUCAAGUCAGAGCCUAAUGUCCUCACCUCUCCUGCUGACUGUUCCUUGGAACUUUCUCCUCCGUGCAUUUUAAAUUCUUCACUCAUUCAGAGAGAGACACCUGCCUGUAUGUUAGCUGUUGAAACCAAAAAGAACAUUCUUGAAAAGUGUUCCCAUGUUCCUUCUUCUUCGCCCUCUCCCUUUCCUCCUCCUCCUCCUUCUAUUCCUCCUCCCCCUCCACCUCUUCCUCCUCCUCCUCCUCCUUCUCUUGACAUUACUCCUUUUUCUCUUUCCUGUCCUCCUGCUUGUCCUCCUCGUCUCCCUCCUCCUUUUCCUCAUCCUCCACCAUUUCCCCUUUCUGUUCCUCCUUCUGCUCCACCUACUCCUCCUCCUCUACCUUCACUUCCAACUCUUCCUCCACCACCUCUUCCUCUUCCUUGUCCACUGCCUCCUUCAGCUUCGUUUCUAUCCACAGAGUGUGUUUGUUUGCCAGUCGAUAAAUGCACUCCCAACAAGACACCUGCCGAGGAAAUUAAACCCUCUGUGACAUGGCUUUCAGCAUCAACAACAGGGCGUAAUGCAGACCCUCAAAGAGAACCAAAGGGAAUCCUCAAACAUAUUGAAAAUUUAGCAGAACUUGAAAAGACAGUUGCUAACAUGUACAGUCAAAUAAAAAAAAACUAUCCACUCACAAACAUCUCAGAACUUCAAACUAUUUGCCCUUCAGAGAUAACAAAUCUUGAAAUCACAUCUGAAAAAAACCAGGAGAAUUCGAAUGUUAUCGAUGAGGGAAUUGAAAAACAACCUCACAGUCAAGCUACUUCACUGUAA